AUGCUGUUCUCUCGUGUUAUCUCUUUCUUCGCUUUUGCGGCUACCCUUGGCGGUCUUGCUGUAGCCCACGCAGUCCCCGAGAAACGCGACACGGCGUCCGUCCAACAGGCGGUUGCGAACCUCAAGUCCACCACUGACUCAAUCGUGCCGCAGAUCGAGAGCCUGAUCGCGAACAAGAAUGCGACGGAGGCGACAGUUGUCCCCCUCAUGAGCGAGCUCAUUACCGCGAUUAACAAUGCGCGCAAAGAUGUUCUGUCCUCGCCCCCUGCCCUUGCGAAGCGCCAGAGUACGUCUGCGAUUGCUAAUGAUGUUACCGCCGUCAUCACAGCCGUCACGAAGCUAGUUACGGAUCUGAACACAGUGUUUGCGGGUGUUCCUAUCCUUGGAACUCUCCUCCCAGAGCUCGACGUCGCACUUACCACGCUUCUUACCAGUCUUGCUUCUGUCGUGGCCGGUGUUCUCUCUACUGUUGUAGGCCUCUUGGGAACUGUCACUGGCCUUCUCGGUGGACUCGGUCUCACAAACUUGGGAGGUCUCCUCGGCCUAUUGGGACUUCUUUGA